CUGGCUACCAGCUCCCCGCUGCCCUGCGCAUGGCGGGCUAGCAUCAGGCCCGGGGAAAGCCUAGCAGUUCGGUGUGGCACUGUUUGUGGUGAGGCGAGGGAAGGAGAGGAGAAAACUGCACAGGAUCUAUGGAGGUCUUCUCAUAGGCUUGCAGUAGGCCUAUUUACCACUAGAAACAAGAGAAAGAGAAAGAGACUGGCCCAUAACUAUGGAGAUCUAUCUGCACGUCUGCUACAGGGCUUGAGAUAACUGGAAACAAAGAAACAAGAAGAAAAUUGUCUCCAAUCAGUAUAGACUGGUAAGAAGGUCCAAAGAUCUCAUGAAUUUAUGUAUCUACUUUAGGGCGUAUCACCAAGAAAGAAAAGGAAAGAGGAGGGGAAUUCUUUGGAUCAGUACAGGUCUACCACCAGUUGCAACUGUAGUGGCUGAAGACCAGCACCAUCACAGGCCUACAUCCAGACCUAUCACGUUCUUUCCUCAGCCCGAGUGAGCCCCCCUGUACCUUGUUCGUGCCUUCAGCAGGGGUUAUUACAUGGGCCGCAUUCAGGAAGUGGGCUGGGCAACUGCAGGACUGGUGAUCUGGGCUGGCACCUGCUACUACAUUUACAGAUUAACCAAGGGAAGAGCUCAGAAUGAGAGGAGACUUGCCAGAAAUGGGUCCAAAGUCAAGAUGGAGACUAUGGUUGGGGUACAGAACCAGACCUUGGCCACAAGUGAAGCCUUGGCUGGGGCAGAGACUGAGACUAGACCCAAGGCCAUGACUGGAGCAGAAACUGGAGCAGGAGGUGGGCUUGGGGCUGAAGCAGAGGCCCAGGUCACUGCUAUAUCCAGACCCAAAGCCAACUCUCAGUCCAAGGCAAUGGCUGAGGCAGAGACAGAGACUGAAUUUGAGGCCAAAUCAGUGGUUGGAACACUGAUCAUGACAGAGGUAGUGACUCUGACUGAGGCCAAUGCCAAAGCUAGGGAAGUGGCCAUGAAAGAGGCAGUGACCCAAACUGAUGCUGAGGCUGGGGGACUAGUGAAGAAAGAGGCAGUGACCCAGACCAAGGCUAAAGCUUGGGCAGCGGUUGCCAGGUCAGAGGCCAAGAAAGAAACAAUGACCCAGACCAAAGCUGAAGCUCAUACAUUGGCUGAAAAAGAGACAGAGAUUAACAAAGUAAUGGUGACACAGAGUGAGGUCUUGGCAGUGACCAAGGAAAUGGUCAAGAUUGGGACCAUGAACAAGGCUGGAAUUGUGGCUGAAACCAAGACAAGAACCCUGGAAGAGACUGUGAGUGUGGUUAAAACUCAUUCUGAGGCUAGGCCUGAUCCCACAGUUGAUGCUAAGGAAAAUCUCAAUGGCACGUCCAGGGCAGAGGCUGGAGUGGACAUGAAGUUCUGUGCACAGUCUCAGGCUGUGGCCAAGGUCCAAGAUGAUGACAUGCCUGGUGAUAAGGACAAGGGUAAUCUUAAAAUCCUGUGUAAGGCAGGCUCUGGGGUAGACACAAAGGCUUCUUUCCAGCCCCAAAUUGCUCCCCAGACACAGGCUGAAGCCAUGCCUGGGGCAAAGGUUAUUGACAGGGGUGAUGACAAUGCCAUGUGUAAAACAGAGAUAGAGGCAGAUAUGAAAGCUUGUAUAAUACAGUCUCAGACUAUGGCCAAAAAACAGGCUGAAGCAACAUCUGGUGCCAGGGUUGAUGGCAGGGUAAAUUCCAAUGUCAUAUCUAAGGCAAUGACUGGAGCUGACAUGAGGGCUACUGCUCAGGUACAAGCUGUAUCCAGUGCUCAGGUUGAGGCCAUACCUGAUGCCAAGGUUAAGGGUAGAGCCAAUCCCAAUGCCAUGGCUAAAGCAGUGGCCAGAACAAACACGAGGACCUAUUCACAAGUUGAAGCCUUGACUGAUACCAGGGAUAAGACCAGAAGUGAUCCCAAUGUCAUGGCUAAGGCCGGGGCUGGGAUGGACAUGUUGUCUUGUACCCAGAUUCAGUCUGUGGCAAAUGUCCAGGGUGAUGUCUUGCCUGAUGGAAGAAUCAAGGCUAAGGGCAAUGCCAAUACCAUGUCUAAGGAAGGAGCUGAGGCUACGGCCCAGAGCCAGGGUGAAACCUUACCUAUUACUAGAGGUAAGACAAGGGGCAAAGCCAAAGCCAAAUGUAAAGCAGGGGUUGGGACAGACAUGAAAACCUGUGUACAGCCUCAGGCUGGGAUCAAGACCCAAGCUGAGGCCUUGCAUGAUUCCAGGGUUGAUGGUAGUAGUGAUUCUAAUGCCAUUUCCAGAGCAGGGUCUAAGACAGACCAGAGGACCUGUGGUCAGCCCCAAGCUGUGGCAAAUUUGCAAGGUGAGACCCUACCUGGUGCCAAGAAUAGGGUCAAAGGCAACUCCAACACUGUGCCUAAGGCAGGAACUGUGGAAGGUACAAUGGGCUCUUCCCAGUCCCAGGCUGUGACCACUUCCCAGAAUGAGGCCUUGCCUGGUAUCAGGAAUAAGGUAAAGGGCAAUACCAAUGCUGUGCCUAAGGUAGAGGCUGGGGCAGAUGCAACAGGGUCUGCUCAGCCCCAGGUUGUGGCCAAUUCCCAGGGUGAGACCUUGCCUAGUACCAGGAAUAAGGUCAGGGGCAAUCGCAAUGCUGUGCCUAAGGUAGGGGUCAGGCAAGAUACAGUGUGCUCUGCCCAGCCCCCAAAUGUAGCCAAUUCCCAGAAUGAGGCCUUGCCUGGUGCCAAGAAUAAGGUUAAGGGUAAUUCCAAUGCUGUGCCUAAGGCAGAGGCUGGGGUGAAUUCUGCCUAUCCCCAGGCUGUGGCCAAUUCACAGGGUGAAUGCUUGACUGGUACCAGGACUAAGGUCAAGGGCAAUCCCACUGCUAUGUCUAAGCCAGAGGCUGGGGCAGGUACAAUGGGCUCUGCCCAUCCCAAGGCUGUGGCCAGUUCCCAGGGUGAGGCCUUAUCUGGUGCCAAGAAUAAGAUCAGGGGCAAUUCCAAUAUUGUGCCUAAGACAGAGGCUGGGGCAAAUUCAAGAGACUCUGCCCAGUCCCAGGCUGUGGCCAGUUCCCAGAGUGAAAACCUGCUUGGUGCCAGGAAUAAGGUCAGGGGCAAUCCCAAUGCUAUUCCUAAGGCAGAGACUGGGGCAGAUACAACAGGCUCUGCCCAGCCCCAGGCUGUAUCUAAUUCCCAGGGUGAGAAUUUGCUUGGUGCCAGGAAUAAGGUCAGGGGCCAUUCUAGUGCUGUGCCUAAGACAGCGACUGGGGCAGGUACAACGGGGUCUUCCCAGCCCCAGGCUAUGGCCAGCUCCCAAAACGAGGCCUUGCUUGGUGCCAGGAAUAAGGUCAGGGGCAAUUCCAAUACUGUGACUAAAGCAGGGGCCAGGACAAGUAUAAAGAGCUCUGCUCAGCCCCAAACUGUGGCCAGUUCCCAAGAUGAGGCCUUGCUUGGUGCAAGGGAAAAAGCUGUGUCCAAUUCUGAAGCAGAAACCAUAGCAAAAGAUGAAGUCUAUGCAAAGCCUGAGUCUGAGGCUGUGCCCACAUCUGAGAGUGAAGGUGGGAUAGACUCUCAGGCUUGCAGAAGGACUCAGCCUAAUAUUCAUGACUAUUACUGGAAUGGAAUUGGUGUAGAGGAUUGGAUUGCUGCUGAGCGGUGGAUCAAAUUUAGGUUUCAGGCCAUGGAUGGAGACUGGGAAAAUAGUGUGUCCUGGGCUGAUGAUGAGAAUGAAGCCAGUAUUGGGUCCUGGAGUGGGGCUAGUGAUAAGGCUGGUGUUGUCAGUUCCUGGGCUGUGGCCUGUGAUGAGACCAGCAUUAAGUCCUGGGCUGGGGCUGGAGCUAGGGCUGAGAAUGAGGUUGCUGUUGCAUCUUGGGUAGGAGCUGGGGAUCAGGCCAGUGGAGGAGUCUGGGCUGGGGGUCAGGCUAGUGAGGGGUCCUGGGCUGUGGACAAGGCCAGUGGUGGUUCCUGGGUAGAGGCUCAGAACAAGGCCUUUGGAGGGUCCUGGACUGGGGCUGAGAACCAGACCAGUGGGGGGUCUUGGGUUGUCUCUGGGAAUCAGGCCAUUGGAGGGCCCUGGGUUGUUGGUCAGGUCAGUGAGGGGUCUUGGCCUGCAGGCCAGGCCACUGGUGUUUCCUGGGUUGUGGACCAGGCUACUGGAGGGUCCUGGACUGUGGCUGAUAAUCAGGCUAGUGCGGUGUCUUGGGCUGGAGCUGGAAACAUAGUUAGUAUUGGUUACUGGACUGGGGCCAUGGACCAGGCCACUGGAGGGUCCUGGGCUGGGACUGGUGAUCAGUCCAGUGGUGAGACCAAGCCUAGAUUUGAAGAUCAGGCCAGUGAAAAAGGGUCCUGGACUGGGGCUGUUGUCCAGGCUAGUGGAGAGUCCAGGUUGGGACCUGAGGACCAGUCCAGUGGAAGGUCUUGGGCUGAUACUGCAGAUCAAGCCAGUGGAGGGCCCAGGCUUGGGCCUGUAGACCCAAGUGGUGCAUCCUGGGUUGGCACUGGGGACCAGGCUGGUGGAGGAUCUACACCAGGGCCCUCAGAUCAGUCCAGUGGUGGGUCUUGGACUGGCACUAGGAACCUGGCCAUUGGAGGGUCCUGGACUGGAAGUAGUGAUCAAUCUGGUGGUGGAUCUAAGCCUAGUUUUGAGAAUCAGGCCAGUGAUGAAGGUUCUUGGGCUGGGGCUAUUGCCCAGGCUGGUGGAGGGUCCAAGUCAGGGCCUGAGGAUCAGUCCAGUGGAAGAUCCUGGGCAGAUUCAGGGAAUCAAAUCAGUGGAGGGUUCUUGGUUGGGGCUGUGGACCAGACCAGUGGAGAGUCCCAGGUUGGGGUUAGGGACCUGGCUGCCAGUGGGGCAAAUCCUGUAUUUGAGGACCAGACCAAUGCAGCAGGAUGCUGGGCUAAUUCUGGGGACCAGCCUGGUGGAGGAUCUAGCCUGGGGUCUGGAGGUCAGUCCAGUGGAAAUUCCUGGGUUGGUACUGGGGACCAGACCAGUGGAUGGUACUGUGCUUACACUGCAAGUCAGACCAAUGUAACAGGGUCUUGGGUUGUGGCUGGUGGUCAAGAUGUCGGAGUGUCCAGACCAGGGCCCAUGAACCAGUCUAGUGUUGUGUCCUGGGCUGGCACUGGGAGUCAGGUCAGUGGAAUGUCCUGGGCUAUGGCUGGGGAUCAGGCUGGUAGUUGUUCCAAACCUGGAUUUGAGAAUCAGGCCAUUGGAGGAGGAUUCUGGGCUGGUGCUGGAGAUCAGACUGGUGGAGGAUCCAGACCAGGGUCUCAGGAUCAGUCUAAUGGAGGAGGUUCCUGGAUUGGAGCUGGUGGCCAUGUAAUUGGAGGGUCUAUAUCAGGUCCCACAGACCAGUCCAGUGGUGGAUCCUGGGCUGCCACCGUGAGUCAGGUCAGUGGAGGGGCAUGGAUUGGGCCUGGGGAUCAGACUGUUGUCUGCUCUAAAUCUGGAUUUGAGGAUCAGGCUAGUGGAGGAGCUUCUUGGGCUGGUGCUGGGGAUCAGACCAGUGGAGAAUCCUGGGCUGUGUCUAAGCCUGGGAAUGAAGCUAGUGGAGGCUCUAGGCUGGGCUCUGAGGACCAAGCCAGUGGAGGGUCUUGGGCUAAGUCUGAGGACCAGGCCAGUGGAAGAUUCUUGGUUAGUGCUGAGGUAGAGGCCAAUGAAGGAUUCUGGUUUGGGCCUGGGAGUGAGGCCUUUAUAGGUUCUUGGUGUUGGACAGGGGAAGAGGCUGUUAUUGUGGCCAGGUCUGAUUGUAAGCAUCAGUCAAGUAUUGAAUCCACAUCAAAAACUGGGGAAGAGAUUAUCAAUAAUUCUGAGUUGGUGGAUGAGAACAAGGCCAGUAUUGGGUCCUGGAUCAGAUCUGAGGAGGCAGCUUAUGUAGGUUCCUCUGUAGGGGCUGAGGCUGGUGCUGAGGCCAGAACUGAGGCUGGAGCUGAGGCCAGGACUGAGGCCACAGCUGAAACCAGGGCUGAAGCUGGAGCUGAGGCUGGGACUGAGGCCACAGCUGAGGCUAGGGCUCAGGCUGGGGCUGAGGCCAGGACUGAGGCCACAGCUGAGGCUGGGGCUGAGGCCAGGACUGAGGCCACAGCUGAGGCUGGGGCUGAGGCCAGGGCUGAUGCUGGGAUUGAGGCUGGGGCUCAGACUGGAACUGAGGCUGGAGCUGAAGCCAGAACUGAGGCUGUGGCUGAAACCUGGGCUGAGACCAGGACUAAGGCUGAGGCUGAGACCAGGGCUGAGGCCUGGGCUGAGGCCAGGGCUGAGGCUGGGGCUGAGGCCAGUGCUGAGGCCAGAACUGAGACUGGGGCUGAGGCCAGAACUGAGACCAGGGCUGAGACCUGGGCUGUGGCUGGAACUGAGACUGGAGCUGAGGCUUGGGCUGUGGCUGGAUCUGAGACCAGAGCUGAGGCUGGAACUGAGGCUGGAUCUGAGACCGGGGCUGAGACCUGGGCUGUGGCUGGAACUGAGACUGGAGCUGAGGCUUGGGCUGUGGCUGGAUCUGAGACCAGAGCUGAGGCUGGAACUGAGGCUGGAUCUGAGACCGGGGCUGAGACCUGGGCUGUGGCUGGAACUGAGACUGGAGCUGAGGCUUGGGCUGUGGCUGGAUCUGAGACCAGAGCUGAGGCUGGAACUGAGGCUGGAUCUGAGACCGGGGCUGAGACCUGGGCAGAGGCUGGAUUUGAGAUGGGAGCUGAGACUCGGACUGAGGCUGGGGCUGAGAUUGGCGCUGAGACUGGGGCUGAGGCUGGGGUUGAGGCCAGGACUGAGACUGGAGCUGAGRCUGGGGCUGAGGCCUGGGCUGAGGCCGGGGUUGGAGCUGAGGCUGGAGCUGAGGCCUGGGCUGAGGCCAGGAUUGGGCCUGAGGCUGGGGCUGAGGCCUGGGCUGAGGCCAGGGUUGGGGCUUGGGCUGAGGUUGGGGCUGGGGUUGAGGUUGGGGCUGGGGUUGAUGUUGGGGCUGAGGCCUGGGCUGAGCCUGGAGCUGAGGUUGGAGCUGAGGCCUGGGCUGAGUCUGGAGCUGAGGUUGGAGCUGAGGCCUGGGCUGAGUCUGGAGCUGAGGUUGGAGCUGAGGCCGGGGCAGUGGCUGGGGCUGAGGGUGGGGCAGUGGCUGGAGCUGAGGCUGGGGCUGAAGCCAGAUUGGGGUCUUGGCCCUGGGAUGAAGAUGUAACAACUAAAGGGUCUAGGUUUGGGGCUGAGGAAGAAGCUGGCAUACCAUCUUGGACUUGGUCUAGGGAUGUAGAUGAGGAUGAGCUAAGUAGAUCAUCCAGCCCUGAUAUUGAGGAGAUCAGUUUAAGGUCCCUGUUUUGGGCUGAGAGUGAGAACAGUAGUGAGUUCACAUCCAAGAGUGGAAAAGAUGUUAAUUUUGAGUCUGGAGCUGGGGAUAAGGCCAGCAUUGACAAUAAAUUUGAGGCUGCUGAUGGAUUUGAUCUAAGGACUUGGUUCUGUACUGGUAAUGAAAACAGAAAUGAAGACAAAUCUGCACCUAAUGCUAAAGGCAAAAAGUCCGCUGAGUCAAGAGGUAUAUAUCCAUCCAUGGUCCCUGGGGCGGGAAUGGGGCCAUGGGAUGGAGCCAUGAUCUGGUCGGAAACUAAGUUUACUCAACAAAAUGAGGGCUUUCUAGGUGAAGAUGAGUAUAGAAAGAAUGGCAAGUCUGGGGAGAAAAUGCAGCCCUGGUCCUGCCGCUGUAAACGUGAAGCUAAUAUGGAUCCACGAGAUCUUGAAAAACUCAUUUGCAUGAUUGAGAUGACUGAAGAUCCUUCUGUUCAUGAAAUAGCCACUAAUGCCCUAUAUAACAGUGCUGAUUAUCCUUAUUCCCAUGAAAUUGUUCGUAAUGUUGGGGGAAUCUCAGUUAUUGAAGGCUUGCUGAGUAAUCCCUACCCUAGUGUUAGGCAGAAGGCUUUAAAUGCACUGAAUAACAUCUCAGUGGCUGCUGAAAACCAUAGAAAGGUUAAAACAUACUUAAACCAAGUUUGUGAAGAUACUGUCACCUAUCCCUUGAACUCAAAUGUGCAGCUGGCUGGACUAAGAUUGAUAAGGCACCUGACUAUUACUAGUGAAUAUCAGCAUAUGGUUACAAAUUAUAUUUCAGAAUUUCUUCGUUUGUUAACUGUGGGAAGUGGAGAAACUAAAGAUCAUGUUUUGGGAAUGCUUGUGAAUUUCUCUAAAAAUCCAUCUAUGACAAAAGACUUGCUCAUUGCCAAUGCACCAACAACACUGAUUAAUAUUUUUAGCAAGAAAGAGACAAAAGAGAAUAUUCUUAAUGCUCUUUCACUAUUUGAGAAUAUAAAUUACCAUUUUAAAAGAAGAUCAAAAACAUUUACCCAGGACAAAUUCAGUAAAAAUUCUCUUUAUUUCCUAUUCCAACGACCUAAAGCCUGUGCCAAAAAACUUCGAGCCUUAGCAGCAGAAUGCAGUGACCCAGAGGUAAAGGAAAAAGUUGAGCUAUUAAUAAACAAACUCUAAUUGGAUAUAUGUUCCUACACACAUUCGAGUAAUAUUUUGGUUUUGUAGCCUGGAAGUGAUGCACAUUGUAAGUUGUGUUAUAACUUCAAAACUGAUGUUAUCUAUGAUGGUCUAUAGAUGGGCCAUUUUAUGAGCACCAAAUGAAUCCAAACUUGUACUGAAAAUACAUGUGUUGAUUUUUAUCUUGUCUGGAUUGAGAUAUUUUUAGUAUGCUUCAUGAGCAGAAACUGAGCUGAUUCUUCAUAAGUAAGGUAAUCUUUGGUCCUUUGUGUGGACUUAUGUUUAUACAUUUGAGACUUUAUUUUUAUGUCAUCAAUAAAGUUGUGUG